AUGGACGAGAUCUUCGCGCCCUACGGCACCAUCAUCGACUCCAAGAUCCUCGUUGACCAAGUCACGGGCCAGAGCCGCGGAGUGGGCUUCGUGCGGUUUGACACGCGGGGGCAGGCCGAGGCGGCCAUCGCGGCACUCAACGGCGCACAGCCCGAGGGCAUGCAGCAGCCGAUCGGCGUCAAGUUUGCCGACACCGUGGAGGACAAGGCCAUGAAGAAGCGACAGCAGAUGGGCAUGGGCUACGCCGCGCCCGCCAAGGGAGCCGCCGCCGCCGGCCCGGCCUACGGCGCCUAUGGUGGCUACACUGGCUACGGCGGCGCCAGAUACUCACCCUACGGCGCCUCCUCCGGACAACACUAUGCGGCCCCGGCCUACGGUCACGACUACGGCUACGCGCACGACCCACGAGCGCACGCUGCGCCUGCCGCGGUGGACCCCUACGGCUACGGGGCCUACGGCGGCGCCUACGCUGCUGCGCCGAGCCACGCGCCCGCCUACGCCGCAGCCGCCGCACCGCCGCCCCCGAUGGGCGGCCCGCCCGCCGCCACGCAGCAGUACUGCCUGUUCGUGUACAACCUCCCGCCCAGCUCCGACGACAACUACCUCUACCGGCUGUUCAGUCCCUACGGCGCCCUCUUCAACGUGAAGCUCGUGCGAGACCUCGCCACCGGCACCUGCAAGGGUUAUGGGUUCGUCAACUUCAUGAAGAUGGAGGACGCGCAGCAAGCCAUUAUGGCCCUCAACGGCUACCAGAUCACGCCCAACAAGACCCUGCAGGUCUCCUUCAAGUCCCAGGGCAGAGGCGGCGGCGGCGGCGGGAUGGGCGGAGCAAUGGGUGGCGGCGGAGCAAUGGGUGGAGCAAUGGGUGGCGGCGGCGGCAUGGGAGGUGGCGCCCACUACGCCCACCACGGCCCGCCCGCCUACUGA